AUACUGGCGGGGGGAGGGGUGGGGUUUAGAGGAAGCGGAAGUGUCAGAGCAGGCGGAAGUGGUACUGCCCUGAAUACCCUGAGCAGCGAGCGGAGGACGGCUUGAUUAACUCCCAUCGUUCAGAGACUAAAAUCGGGAUUUCUAGUACGCUCUAAAUCCUCAAAAUGGAUAAGAACGACCUGGUGCAGAAAGCCAAGCUGGCCGAGCAGGCCGAGCGCUACGACGACAUGGCGGCUGCCAUGAAGGCCGUGACGGAGCAGGGCCUGGAGCUCAGCAACGAGGAGCGCAACCUGCUCUCUGUCGCCUACAAGAACGUGGUGGGGGCCCGCCGCUCAUCCUGGCGCGUCAUCUCCAGCAUCGAGCAGAAGACGGAGGGGAACGAGAAGAAACAGCAGAUGGCCCGCGAAUACCGUAUGAAGAUCGAGGCUGAACUCCAAGAAAUCUGCCACGACGUGCUGAAUCUGCUCGACAAAUUCCUCAUUCCCAACGCAUCUCAGGCGGAGAGCAAGGUGUUCUACCUCAAAAUGAAAGGAGACUACUUCAGAUACCUGUCGGAGGUGGCCUCUGGGGACUCAAAGAAGGACACGGUGGACAGCUCUCAGCAGGCCUACCAGAAAGCCUUCGACAUCAGCAAGAAGGACAUGCAGCCAACACACCCCAUCCGGCUGGGCCUGGCCCUCAACUUCUCCGUCUUCUACUACGAAAUCCUCAACUCGCCCGAGCAGGCCUGCACUCUGGCCAAGCAGGCUUUCGACGAGGCGAUCGCCGAGCUCGACACCUUGAACGAGGACUCGUACAAAGACAGCACGCUGAUCAUGCAGCUACUAAGGGACAACCUCACUCUGUGGACAUCAGAAAACCAGGGCGACGAGGGCGAAGCCGGUGAUGGGGAGAACUAGAGCGCACUUCACUGUUAACCCAUCCCCACUCUCUUCCUCCUCCUCCUCCUUUGAUCUCUCUUCCUCUCUCUUCUUCCCUGUCUUCGUACACAUAAAAAAAAACAGCCCGUUCAUUCCCCCUCGUCCCACUUUUUUUCAAGCCCAGCCUCCCAACCUCCCUUCUGUAUAACCAACAGCAUGAAUAGUACCUGACCUUCACAGACAGAUGGGGGUGGGGGGGAAAAAAAGAGGAGGGGGGGGGGCGGCGAGAGAAAGUACUCCAUCACCCCGCGAUCCCUCCAUCCAUCCCUCCCUCCCUCCCCUUGAUCACGGCACUCCGAGGCAGGCCAGCAGCCUAAAUGCACUGGUCAGUGUAGUCUUUUAGCACGCAGGGAGGGUUUUUAUCCCAAAACUACAAAAUAAAGCGUCUUUUAGGGCCCCCACUUAUUUUUUUUUUAAUCUCCCUCCUCCAUUCCUUCUGCUCUUCCCUCACUCCUCUUCCUGACAUCUUCCUAACCCCCCCACCACCCUCUAGUGAGUUAAUGCACAUACAUAGUUGUCCACUCUCUCUCCCCCCCCUUCCCCUCCCUCGCUCUAUUGAGUUUAAUGCACUUCUCUAGUUGUCCACCCCUUCUCUUUUGGCUUUUCUUAGUGUACUGGCAAAUGGCCGGUUUUAUUCCACUUUAAACAAAACAACAACGAAAGGUUAUUAAACUGUCUGUUUAUUUUCAACAAACACUGUGAUGCUUAGUUUUUCCUCCACCUCGCCCGCCAGAUCCUGGUUUUGGUGGCGAGAACAAUAUUCAGCUGGGAGGGGGAGGGGGGCAGCAGUGCGAUUCUGCUGACGUUUAUACAGAAGGGUCCUCCUACAAGGCUGUAUUGUGACACUGACAAAUCUUAAAAACCAGAGCGUUUUUAUUUUAUUUUUUUUACCUGCUGUGUAAUCAAACACCUUUUUUUUUUCUUUAUUUUAUUUUCUAACUCCGACCUGGAGUUUUAUUCAACUGGCGUUCUUUACAGUUCGGACCUAAAACUAAUUUGGGAACUUAUUGAGAGGAAAAAAAAAGCAUACAUUCCAUCAUGACGUUUUCACAACCAACGAGACGCGCCUGCUCCCUCGGAUGGGCCUCCAGUCCGACAUCAGCAACCCUGUCCCUAAAGUUAAUUCCCUAACAUGUUCGUUUCCCCUUGAGAUUGCUUUUUCCUUUUUUUGUUGUUGUGUAUAACAACUCUUUACUUCCAGUUUUUGAAAACUGUAAAAUUGUAAAACAUUUUUAGAGCUCAACUGUAAAUCUGUCUUUUUUUUUUGUUUGUUUUUUUGGGGAAAACAAAGCGGUUUGUCGUUGUUGUUCGUUAACACCUGCUUGCAAUGAAAACCUUGAAGCCGUUACGCUCGGCUGCCGUUUAAUGCUUGGGCUUUUUUUUUUGGUACUUUAUUUUCUCUUCCUCGGCCCCUUAUAUAGCCCCUUGAUUGACAAGUCUACAAAAAGUCCUAGGCUUCCACUCGCUGAAUGGGUCCAUCUGCCAACAAGAAGGCAUGCCAUCCUUUAUAGCCGUGGAAGUCCUCCCGCAAGAAUGGAGUGGGGGAACUUGUACCCUCUGUGGAUCGACGCUUAAAACUUCCUGCUUCCUCGUUUUCCAAAAUAUGAAUGGCAGUCGUGGCAGUUGGCCACAUUUUAUUUCCUACUAUGGCCACGCCAAGACCCGCCCUUCAAUAGCAGCCCGAUUGGUUGAGGUCAGGCAUUGACCUCGAGUGGUUAAGGUUAGGAUAGCCAAUAGGUCGGAGGAUGGGACCUGUAUUAAUUGGGGCUACGUUGCCUCACAUAAGCAUGGCCGCCUGGCCACCAGUAGCGUGUGAAUGCUAUUGAAGGGCUGGCAGUUAGGCCUGCCGUUAUUCCUUCGAAGAUGUUCAAGAUUGGAGUAUCAGCUAACUGCCUUAAAAAACCAAAAGUUGAGUUGAGCUUCAGAGUUCAAUAAUGAUCUUGAAAACAGGCAAAAAACAAAAUAUUUUUCCUUUCUGAUUAAUAACUAUAAGAAAGGUGUAACCAAAUCCAACAUUUUUAUUCAGUACUUAGUGUUAAGUCGGGGCCUUUCUUUUUAGGCUUAACCCAGCUGACUUGUUUAAAUGUAACAUUUCAAAUCACAGAAAAACAAAACAAAGGAAGCAGUGAUUUUAAGUGCCCCCCCCCACUCCCCACCUUGGUGUAAAUUUCAGUCCAAGACCGGUACGUGAGUGGAAGGAAACCCAAUCUCCCGGCAGCCGAUCAUCUGUUUGUGGAAGUGAGAACCUGUAGUUUGGAUCACGGUUAAUGUGUUCGGUAACACUUUACUACGUAAGAGUGACAUGACACUGUCAUGAACACAUGAACCCUGACUCGAACUUGUCAUGACAAAAACCAAAUGACAGACGCAUUAUGUCAAACGUUUGACUUCUUUAUAAUGUUUAUGACCCGUUCAUGACCACGUCAUGUCACUCUUAUGUAGAUCCCUUCAAGUAAAGUGUAACCAUGUAUUCAAGCUAGAGUUUAUAAACAUGCAUAAAUGUCAUGGCAACCUUUUUUUUUUUUUUAAAUUAUCUUUUUGACCGCGUGUAGAAGAGAGAACACUCGCUGAGCAGUCGACGGUACAAAAUCCCGGCUCAUUUCCAGAUCCGAUCUUUUCCGAUGUGUACAUUUUGGACUCCUUGUGGUUUCUCUUGUUUAGGCGACUGCGCCCCCUGCCCAUAGCGAGGUACUGUACGUGUCCAGAAGCAGUUGAGAGCUAAACUUUGGUUCCAAAACCCGCGAGUCCGAUCCACUCAGUGUCACAAUAACCUUGUCACCAUCUCAACAUUCCACCCUUUUUAGGUGUAGAAAAGUCAUGUCUCAAUGUUUGUUUUUCUUUUGCUGGGGACAAAUGUUUUCAUGCACUGAAGUCUAAAAGGUUAAAAAAAAAAAAAAAUAUUCUUCCCUGCCGCUCUUUUUCUCGUUAGCUGAACAAAAAGGCAGUUAUUCUACGCUUUAUAAGGACAAAAAAUAAAUAAAAGAUCCCAUGCAGUAGUGAAUGUGGCACCGAGCCUGUCUGUAUAUCUGGUAUCUCAAAUCGUUUUGUUUUUACUGACCAGUAUUAUGCUUAAAAUAAAAAGGAAAGGAAAAAAAUACCACCCCUGCCCCACCCCCCCCCCCCCACAAAAAAAAAAGUUUGCUUCUGUGACGGUUUUAUUGCUUAGUGCGCACGUGGUUGUGAAAAUUUAGACUUAGCUUAAGGACACCAAUAAAACUAAGAAAAAGAAGAAAAAAAAAAAAAUACCCUUCAACACCUUCCUCCCCCCCCCCCCUCCCCCUCCUGGUUAUUGAAGUAAUACUAGAUUUGUGUAUGUCUUUUAAAAAAAAAAUAAAAAAAAAAUCCAACUCUAGUUUCACCUUA